UCCUCCUUGGGGUUCUCUAGGGCCGGUUCCACAGAUGGGGAGACUGAGGCUCUGGAGGGGGGUGCCCACCCUGGGGGCACCGAAUGGGAUUGCCCCCCAGGACAGCUUGCCGGGUGUGGGCAGCCCCCGAGGCAGCUGCCUGAGGCUAUUGUCCCGAGGUGGGGCUGGCAGCCCUGCGGCCUCGCAGGACUCGGCCAGCCAAGACCCCCAGGAGAUGGACCGAGUGACCAGGUACCCCAUCUUCAGCAUCCCCUACUCGCCCCGGGUGGCCGGCCUGGCGCUCGAUGGGGACACCAGCUACACGAUCAAGCUGGUGGGCGUGGGGCCUGAGGAGCCCGGCUGGGGCCGAGCAGAGCCACCGGCAUGGCCUGAGGCCCUGCUGGACACAGCGAGACCUGGGCCGCCAUCCCCGCGGUGGCCCCGCUCGGACGACGCCGAGGAGGACAUGGAGGCUGACCACCUGGACACGGCGCUCGCCUUCCCCAGGAGGCCCUGGGACCUGGAGCAGGAGCGCUGGGUGCUCAGGAGGGGCAAAACAGUGGCCAGGCUCCAGGGCACCCUUGACCUCCCGGACGGGGCCCCCAGCCAGCCCCGGUCCUCGUCCCCAGAGGAGAGCGCGGUGGACACGGGGCAAAUCAACUUCCUGGCGGCCAGGCAGCAGUUCCUGAGUCUGGAACAGGCCAACGCGGGGACCCCUGGGAAAGGCCCAGGCAGGGUGGCCCCGGGGUGGACCCCACUGACGGUCAACCAGGACCCGCGGGCCUCUGCCAGGCUCUGCCGGGCCAACGGGCACACAGUCCCCGAGCAGCCCCCCACAAGGGACGAGAAGAGGGUCCAAGGCCGGGGGUCCCCGGAGCCCCCAGCAGAGACGCCCAUCGAGCGGGAGAUCCGCCUGGCCCAGGAGCGCGAGGCGGCCCUGCGGGCGCAGCGGGGCCUGCAGCAGGUGCCUGGGCCCCAGGAGCUGGUGCAGGUGCCCACCCGGCCGCUGCUAGCCCGGGGGAGCCUGAGCGAGGCCUCACGUCCAGAGCGGGGCGGCCUGUCGCUGUACGUGCAGCGGGACGUGGCACAGUGGACGCAGCGUGAGCAGGACCACAGGCAGGAGGGCCUGCGGCUGGGCCGGCCGUCCACCCCCGACGCGCCCCCCGGGGGACCCAGGAGGACCCUCAGCUCGGACGCCCUCCUGGGCCCCGAAGCCCCAGCCCCCGAGGCCAGGAAGGUGCGGCGCAUCCCGCCCGACGCUUACCUGCCCUAUUUGAAUCCUGGGGGCCCCCCGCUGGAGUUCCCGGCCUUCGGCGUCCACGGCAAGCCCGGCGGCCAGUCUGCGGACGAGGCCAGGGCUGCGGCCUCUGCCAAGGCCACAGGGUCUCGGAGGCCUGUCUCGGAACCCUCCGGAAAGCCCUUGGAGGCCCCACGAGGGUCCCAGGAGCCCCUCGGGGGGCCGCAACGAGCCAACGGGGGUGUCGUGCGACGGGAAUACUUCUGCCUGCGUCCCCUGUGCUUCCGAGUCCCGGACGAGCCCCGAAAGGCCGAGGCCCCCCAGGUCCGGGGCUGGGAGGUGGCGGGCACCCCGGGGCGGCAGCUGCAGAAGACACCGUCGUCCGAGCUGCUGGAGCGGGAGGUGGAGAGUGUCCUGCGGCGGGAGCGCGAGGUGGCCGAGGAGCGGCGCAGCGUCCUCUUCCCCGAGGUUUUCCCCGACGCGGCCGAGGGUGGUGGCCGGACCUCUCGGAGCUCGUCUGCAGCGUCCGGCAUCACGGGCAGCUACUCGGUGUCCGAGUCACCCUCCUUCUCCCCCGUCCGCCUGCACUCGGACCUGGUGUGGACGGUGGCGGCUGAGCCCGAGGCCCCGGGGUCCCCACCAGGGGACGGUCCCUGGCACCAAAAGAGGAAGGACCUGCAGUAUGCCGGCCUGGACCCCUUAGACUUCGUCAACCUGGAGGUCCUGGAAGCCACGCGGGUGACACGCCACAGGAGCGCCCUGGCCGAGCGCUGGGAAGCGGGCAUCUACGGCAGCGAGGAUGAAGACUGAGCCGGGCACCCACCCCUGCCCACCCUCCGUGGGAGCCCCCCACGGCCCAAGAGCCCAAAUCACAGCCUGCCACGCCUGAGGGUUUUGGACUCAAGGAUUCUUUUCCCACUUUUAUUUUCCUGAAAAAAUUUCUGUCUUUUGGGUCUAAAGCUGUGGGUGAAACUGGA